AUGAUACCGAAUAAUGUGCUUAUACUAGGGCCGCCUGAGUCGGGAAAGAUCAGGCUAGCUCAGCAUAUAACCAAAGACUUGGACACAUCUACAAUCUCAGAAAAGUCACACUCGGGUCUCAUAUACAACCACAGUCUCAAGACGAAGUAUUUCUCUACAGAUUUGAAUCUCUUGAUCGAAGAGUUUCCGGAAGAAAGGCCAGUCGAGGCAGAGAAGUUCCUCGAUAGCUUGCGAGAGUGGAAAACUGCCUUUGAGUCAGAGGAGUACGAGGAGCUCAGAGAUGCACUAGACGGGAUCAUAUUCACCAUCAACCCAGACCAGACAUCGAAGAGGGAUUGGAAAGAGAUCAUGCUUUGCUAUUACGAGAUUAAGAAUAGCAUAGAUGAAGGGUGUUUUAGUACUGUUAUUGCUGCUACAACUCAAAACACUGAAUGCUUGGAAGAGCUCGAGGAUGAGUGUAUCCAAUAUGGGAUUGAGUUUAUCUACGAGGGAGAGACAGGCACCAAUGAGUUCAAGGAAAAACUCGGCAAAGAAAGAGUUCAGGAGAUUUUGGAGAGUCAUGAAUGGUCCCAUAUUUCCCCUUCAGAACCACAAGAGUAUGUCAAGCAUAAGGAGGAGAAGAUAGAUAGCAUGACGAGAGGUCUUCUAGAGCCCGAGACCGAGUCAAUUGCACUCGACCAGCUUGUUGAAAAGCUACGCCUCGAAAGGUCCAAGGCCACUGGCAUGAAGCCCGAAGAGAAGGAGCACUACGUGAAACUGGUUAUUGAAGAGCUCAUAGAUUACAUAUAG